AACUCUGCAUUAAUGAAUUGAAUGAAACUCAUAAACAGUAGGCCACUGUCAUUAAUAUAUUUUCUAUAAAAGAGUGGUGAAGCAGGUUUCAUCUUCAUUGAGAUAUUUUCUACAAAAGAGUGAUGGGUUUAAAAGUUCAGGUCUUUCUGCUGAUUAUUUCAAUCCAAAGUGUGGUUACAAGAGUGGAGGCAGAUAAUCAAGAUUUUGCUCCUCUAAAAUCUCUCAUGGAUGGCUGGAAGAACACACCAUCCAGUUGGAAUAGCUCCGAUCCAUGUGCCAAUGAUUGGGAAGGAAUCGGGUGCACCAAAUCACGCGUGACUUCCAUAACACUAUCAAGCAUGAACUUGGCUGGUCAGCUGUCUGGAGAUAUUCAGUCACUAUCUGAGUUACAGACUCUGGAUCUAUCAUAUAACAAGGGCUUAACAGGAUCUCUUCCCUCAUCAAUUGGAAAUUUAAAGAAGUUAUCAACCUUAAUUCUGGUUGGUUGCGGUUUCACUGGUCUGAUUCCAGAUUCAAUAGGAUCUCUCCAGCAGCUGGUUUUCUUGUUUCUAAAUUCUAAUAGCUUCAGUGGACCAAUACCACCUUCCAUUGGAAAUCUAUCAAAUCUACAUUUGCUAGAUCUUGCUGAUAACAAACUGAGUGGAACUAUCCCAGUCUCUGACGGGACCAUACCUGGUUUGGAUAUGCUAGUUCAAACGAAGCACUUUCACUUUGGAAAUAAUCAUCUAUCCGGUGAAAUUCCACCUCAGCUAUUCAGCUCAAACAUGACUCUGAUACAUUUGCUUCUUGAUAGCAACCAGCUAACCGGCAGCAUUCCUUCCUCACUGGGACUUGUGCAGACUUUGGAGGUGGUGUUCUUGUCCAACAAUAAACUCACUGGUCCACUACCAAAUCUUACUGGCAUGGAUUCCCUCUCUUAUGUGGAUAUGAGCAAUAACUCAUUUGAUGCAUCAAGUCUUCCUCAAUGGGUUUCAUCCCUUCCAUCUUUGACAAUACUAAAGAUGGAACGGACGAGACUUCAAGGAAAAAUUCCAGUUGAGCUCUUCAGCCUUUCUGGAUUACAAACUGUCAUACUAAGAAACAACCGGCUUAAUGGCACCUUGGAUAUUGGCUCCAGCCAUAGCAAUCAGCUGCAACUCAUCGAUUUGCAGUCCAAUCUCAUUUCUGGCUUUACUCAAAGAGCAGAAAACAAUAUUGAGCCGAAAACAAUAAUUCUUUUAGGCAAUCCAAUUUGUGAGGAAACAAAAAUAACAGAAAAAUACUGCACCAUUCAACAGUCCAAUAUUUCAUUUUCAACACCACCACAUAAUUGUGAGCCUGCUUCCUGCAGCUCACAUCAAAUUUCCAGCCCCAGCUGUAAAUGCGCAUAUCCCUACACCGGCACCCUAUUUUUCAGAGCUCCUGCCUUCUCAAACCUGGGGAACUCGAGUGUCUUUAUUCCUCUCCAUGACAAUCUAAUGCAUUCUUUGAAGUCGCAUGGACUCCCAGUGGAUUCAAUUUCUCUGAGUAAUGCAACCAAAACUUCGGAUGAUUACCUUUUAUUGAGCCUAGAAGUUUUUCCAUCCGGCCAAGAACAUUUCAACCGAACUGGAAUUUCUCAGAUUGGGUUUGUGCUGAGAAACCAAACUUUCAAGCUCCUAAGCAAUUUUGGACCCUAUUUUUUCCUUGGUGACGUCUAUUGUCAAUUCUCAGAAGAAUCUAAACAAACAAAUAAAUCAAUUAUCAUUGGAGCAGCAGUUAUUAUCAUUGGAGCUGUUCUUGUGCUAUUGUUACUCUUUGCAGGAGUUUAUGCUUUCAAACAAAAGAAAAGAGCUGAAAGAGCUACUAAACGGAAUGAUACUUUUGACAAGGAAAAAACAAAAAUAUUAUUUGAGCUUGGAGUUCCUACAAAAUAUAUGGACAACAAGAAGGGCCACGAGUUGCAAGUAUUCGACUUCCAAAGCAUAGUGGUUGCCACAAACAAUUUCUCAGAUACAAAUAAGCUUGGAGAGGGUGGUUUUGGAUCUGUUUACAAGGGCAACUUCCCCGAUGGAGAAGUUAUAGCAAUAAAAAGGCUUUCAAGGAGUUCAGGACAAGGAUUAGUGGAGUUCAAGAAUGAGAUUUUACUCAUUGUCAAGCUCCAACACAAUAAUCUUGUUAGGCUUCUGGGAUGUUGCAUUGAAGGAGAAGAAAAACUGCUCAUCUAUGAGUAUAUGCCCAACCAAAGCCUGGACUCCUUCUUAUUCGAUCCCAAUAAAAAGUCAUCCUUAGAUUGGAAAAAACGUGUUGCCAUCAUCGAAGGGAUUGCUCAAGGACUUCUUUACCUUCACAAGUAUUCAAGAUUGAAAAUAAUCCAUAGAGAUUUAAAAGCCAGUAAUGUAUUACUUGAUGAAAAAAUGAACCCAAAAAUAUCAGAUUUUGGUAUGGCUAGAAUAUUUGGGGAGAAUGAAUCUGAAGCAAACACAAAGAGGAUUGUUGGAACAUAUGGUUACAUGUCUCCGGAAUAUGCAAUGGAGGGUCUUUUUUCGAUUAAGUCUGAUGUGUUUAGCUUUGGAGUGUUGUUGCUUGAGAUUGUAAGUGGAAAGAAGAAUCAUAGUUGCUGUCAUUUUGAACGCCCACUGAACCUUAUAGGAUAUGCAUGGGAAUUAUGGAGAGAAUAUAGAGGAUUAGAGCUUAUAGACCCAACAUUGGACAAUUUAUUUCGACGUAAUGAAGUGCUGAGAUGCAUUCAUGUGGGUCUCUUAUGUGUACAAGAUAAUCCAAUAGAUAGACCUACCAUGUCAGAUGUAAUUUCUAUGCUCACUGAGGAAACUAGAGCACUUUCUACACCUAAACAACCAGCCUUUUUCUUUGGUAGGAAUGUGCUUGAGGCAGAUAUUUCCAAAGGCAUGCCAGAAAGUUGUUCUUUCAAUAAUGUGUCAAUUUCAGAGAUGGAAGCUAGGUAAAGGUACCGAUGAUUUGUUUGCAUUAUGUAUUCAUAAUACUUUAUAUUCAGUUUUCCAAUUUAACAGCAAAGUUGUAUGAAUAAAGUGAAUUUAUUAUGUGUCCAACUCUGUUUAUAAGAAAGUUUAUAGUAUUAAUCAUUUUUCUUUUAUUUUGAGAUA